AUUAUUUUUUUGUUUUUGUGCUCAUGGUGGUGGGAGUGAGUGAAAAAUGUUCUAAAAUGCAACAAACACACUGGAAUGUGAGCAUACCCGAGGAUAAAAAUAACAACAACAACAACAACAACGAUAGUGAGAAAAACAGCGGCUGUCAUGAACGCAUCUUCCUCUGCAUUGCCAAGGCUGUGAAACAAUUCAUUGAUCUCUGCAACAACUUGCGUGCCAAGUACAGCGCGGCAGCAACCACAGCGGCAUCACCAGCAGCUUCCGUUUCCGUUUCCACUUCCGCCGUCGGGGCAGCCUCCUCCAUCUCCACCUCCUUCUCCGCCACAGCCAGUAGCAGCAGCUUGACGACAGCGGCGGGGGCGGGGGCGGCGGCACAGCCACAACAAAAACAACACCAACAGAUCCUAGUACAAUUCCCCACGGAAGGAUUAGAAGGAGGAGGAGCUGGUGCUGGUGCUAGUCCUGCGAUUAGACAAAUAUCCCCGACGACAGCCGUUAAGUUUCUGCACGCCCGCAAGUUCGAUGUCCUGCGGGCGGUGUCCUUGUACGAGCAACAUGAACAGAUCCGCCAGAAGGAGCACCUCUACAACAUCGAUCCGGACGUGGAGACACUGCGAUCCGAGCUACAGACUGGCAAGUUUACGAUACUGCCCGCCAGGACCUCCAGUGGAGCGGCUAUCGCCCUCUUCACCGCCAACCGCCACAGCCCGCUGAGCGCCUCGCACACCACCACCCUCCAGGGCAUCGUCUACCAGCUGGACAGCGCCCUCCAGGACACGGAGACCCAGCGGGCCGGGCUCGUCUUCAUCUACGACAUGAGCGGCUCCAAGUAUUCCAAUUUCGACUACGACCUCUCCCAGAAGAUUCUCACGCUGCUCAAGGGUGCUUAUCCGGCGCGUUUGAAGAAGGUCCUCAUUGUGACGGCGCCUUUGUGGUUUAAGGCUCCGUUCAAAAUCCUGCGGCUGUUCGUGCGGGAAAAGCUGCGCGAACGAGUGUUCACUGUAUCCGUGCCGCAGUUGGCGUUGCACGUGCCGCGCAAAGCGCUGCCCAUACAUCUGGGUGGCACGCUGGAGGUCGAUCACGCCACAUGGUUGCUCAGCUGCCGCCAAUCGAUGACGAAUCGUGAGGACGAGCUGCUGGCCAAUAUCGUGGGUGUGGGAUCGGCGGUAUCUGGAUCGGCUGGGGGAGUAGUGGCCAGCACCACCACGAAUGGCAUUUUGGAACCGGAGGGAACUACAAUAAUCACAGAAAGCAACAACAGCAGCAGCAGCAGCAACUCAACCACCAACGCCGUCGCCGCCACCAGCAACACCACCGUGGUAACGAUUCGGAAUGGCGUAGGUCCUGCCACAGGAACGCAGGUUGGUGCUGCAGUUUCAGCUGCCGAAUCCACUGCAUCUGGGGAGCCCAACGAGAACAUCACAAUCAACGGACUGAGUCCCAGCCACCGCACCAAUUCAUCUGGCCCCACCGCGGCUGUUAAUUCCCUCAAGCUCAAUACAAGUGGUGGCGACGGCAACACUACAGCCACUGGACCCACAGGAGGAACAGGAUCUGUAACUGGUGCUGGAUCAUUGGCGGUAGCUGGAGCAGGAGCUGGAGCUGGUGCGGCUACAGCUGGAGCUGGAACUGGGACCACAACAACAAACGGUGGUGGCGAAUUCUGGUCAGAGAAUCCUCCAAGUAGUGCCUCUUCGGGCUUUAGCGACGACGACAGUCUGGCCGGCCAGGAGGGUGAUCCUAAGCCCAUCGAGCAGAUUGUUCAGAUGGUCAAACAACGUGGUCGCCAUGGGUUAAUCAAGGAGUACACAGACAUCAGGAAUCGGGCACCAGAAGGGACUUUCGCACAUGCGAGGAUGCGCACGAAUCUAACCAAAAAUCGCUACACAGAUGUCCUUUGCUAUGAUCACAGUCGAGUGGUGCUGGCUUACGAAGACGGCAUUGAGCUGUCGGAUUAUAUAAACGCGAAUUUUGUCGACGGCUACAAACAAAAGAAUGCAUAUAUUUCAACUCAAGGUCCAUUACCAAAGACAUCCCAGGACUUUUGGCGCAUGGUCUGGGAGCAGCGUUGUUUAGUUAUAGUUAUGACGACGCGCGUGAUGGAGCGCGGACGUGUUAAAUGCGGCCAGUACUGGGAGCCGACUGAAGAUAGUUCCUUAGAGUUUGGCAACUACCAUGUGCGAACAAUUACCGUUGAAUGCAACGAGGACUACACGGUGGCCUCGUUGGAGUUGAGAAACAUAAAGACUGACGAAAUUCGCAAUGUUUCGCAUUGGCAGUUCACCAGUUGGCCAGACUAUGGUGUUCCCAGCUCGGCCAUGGCCAUGCUGAAUUUCCUGCAAAAGGUUCGCGACAAGCAGGCGGAACUAGUCCACGCCCUAGGCGACACAUGGACGGGUCAUCCGCGCGGUCCUCCCAUUGUUGUGCACUGCAGUGCUGGAAUCGGACGGACAGGGACAUUCAUCACCCUGGACAUUUGCAUAUCGCGGCUGGAGGAUGUGGGCACGGCGGAUAUACGGGGAACCGUGGAGAAGAUUCGUUCGCAGCGCGCCUACUCAAUCCAAAUGCCCGAUCAGUAUGUGUUUUGCCACCUGGCGUUAAUCGAGUACGCCUAUUCGCGAGGAAUGUUGCAGAGCGUGGAUUUGGCUGGGUUCGAUGAGCGGGAACCCGAUUCAGAGUAAAGAAGGAUAUGAUGGCUCCAUUAACCCCUUCAACCACACACACACACACAUGCAUCCUAAGGGAUGCAACAACUUGUAUACAGAAUAAUUUUACGUUUUUACAUUUGCAAAUUGAACUUUGUAACCUUUUUUGUACUAGAUGUUCGUCCUGAUAUGAUAUGAUACGAUAUAUGAUACAAUAUAUAUAAAUAUAUAUAUAUAUAUAUAUGAGAGAAACAAUAGGGAGCACAGAUCGAUUCCGCAAGAUGAUAAAUGAUAAAUGGAAGAACUAGAGAAUAUAAGUAACCAAUUUACGUUAAUCUAUUAUAUAUAUAUUUUUUUUUAAUAUUAUUACAUACCAAGCUAUAGAUUGUAUAGCGAAAACAUCAAUAUAUGUAUUUAUAUAUUUAUAUAUAUAAAUAUUAUUUAAAUUAAAUUUAAACUAAAUAAAAAACAAUUAGCUAAAAAUAAAGAGAGAAGAAACCCGAAAACAGGCAAGCAAACAAAUUAAGUCAGAAUCAAAGAAAUUAUUGGCCUGGCCCUCUUUCCCCCACGGUUAAAUAGGCGAAAGUACAACGAACUUGGAUUCGGACAUGGAUUCGGAGGCUCUACGGCAGAAAUAAUAAUGAAAACCGUCCGGAACGACGCGGGAAAACGUGAAGAAAAGGCAACGGAAAAGGAAGGGAACCCCAAUUUUUGUGCAUUUCUCUAGCUCAGCAAUAACUGAAUAAUUAAAGAACGAAUAACGACAAAAAAUCAGCUGCAAUUUUCCUAGCAAAAUUCGGCUGUAACCGGAGCAGCAGCAGCAGCAACAAGCAGCCAACUAGUUACAUAACUUAUAUAGAAUAUGUCUUGAAAAUCAACAUAACAAUAUAUAGAAGUAUGUAUAUCAAAUAUAUAUAUAUAAAGCAGAAGAAAUAAGAUUUAAGAAUUGUUCAAUGUUGUUGCAUACAGAAAUAGCCCAGUGGAGGAGAACACAUACAUCUUUUUGUAGAAUCAACUUUUGCCGCCAACCACAGCCACCUUUUUUUGGGCUACAAUAUCUCUCUCUUCCAGAGGCUGCAGAACAUAAGAACCCUCAAAGCUGUUGAACAUUUUUUUUCCCCAAUUAGUUUUCUUCGUUUCUGACCAUUUUCUAUUUUAUAUACAUAGCAUAGAGACUAAUAAAUAGAAGGGAAAUUUGUAGUGAAUUUGAAUAUGUUACCAACUAACGAUAGAGGGAAAUGCAAGUAAUAAAAGAAAAAAAGAAAAUAGCAAUCUAACAAUGCCUUCUUUCCUACAAAACACUUUGCAUAUUGCCAAGCGAAUCUAAAGCGGAAUAAUCGAAAUGAAAAUUAAUAAACAAAUAAAAAAAAAACAUAAAACUAAAUAUUUUGUAUUACCUUUUUUUAUUAAAUAAGAAAAAAAAACCUACAUAUAAAAAAUUAGUUGUUGUGUGUAGCAAGAUAAAAAAAAAAAAAGAAAACAAAAACAAAAGUCAAGUAAAAUGGCAGCUUUUUCGAAACUAACAACUGAACGAAAAACCUAAAACGAAAUAUUUAAAUGUAAUUUAAACGUGUAUUUAAUGUCGGACGGAAUGGAAUGCAUUUUCUUUGUGCAUAUUUGCGAAAGUAUUACCAAGAUUUACAAUAUAUAUACAUUUAAAUCAAAUGAAAUGGAUCAGAUAAUUAUUUCUUUUUUUUUUGUGUUUUUUUUUUGUCUCAUGUACGACUGUAAAGAUAUUUAAAUAUAUAGUAUAUAGAAUUUUUGGUGCGAAUUUAAAGAGUUGGCCGCACAUCUUCCAUAAACACAGACAACAGUCACACACACACCCCCAACCACACACGCACAUUUUCACAAACGUAUAUCAUUAGAAUUGUAAAAGCUGUGAUCGUACCCGAAAGAAAGUUAAAAAGGCGGAAGCAGAAGCGGAAGUGAAAGCGGAAGCCACUAAAUAAUUGAGAAUUAAAAGCCACAGAUUCUUCAAGCACACACACACACACACGGAAACACACGCAUUAUAGCCGCCACUCAGAGAAAUCAGAUGGGAGUUAAUAUUUCCAAAAAUAAAAUAAUAACUAAUAUAGACUACUCGCCACAGAACAAUUUUCAAUUCUUUCAAAGGCCUUCAAGACACCUUAAAAAGUUGCACACAUACUGCAUUAAAAUAUCCAACUCUCACAAGGAAACAAAAAAAAAAUAUUAAUGGAUGCUCUAUUUUUGUAUAGCUUGAGACAAAAAAACAAAAAUAAAAAUCAUACUGCAUAAAAAAAAAUGAAAUAUGAUCGUAAAUAUUUUUUGUAGAACUCCACGGCGGAAGCCAUGGAGUGAGGAUGAAAGAAUUUAUUUAAAACACACCUGUACGAAAUAAAAAAAAAUAUUAGCAAAAUUUCUUCAAAAGUGUAAUGUAAAAUUAGCUAGAGUUACAUGAAAAAAAAAAAAAGAAAAACAAAGAAGAUGUUCUUUUAUUUGCGUGAAGCGAGAAAAUAGAAUGUAAAGUAACGAAUGUCCUUAGAAAUGUUGCAUGUGUCACAGGAUGCUUUCAGAAAGCUUUGCUGCGCACAACGUAAUACCCACUUAUACCACUAACAUAGAUCCACUAAACCAGAUCGAUCAAUGCAGCCCACCCCUAAUCACGAUUAUUAUCGAUUAUCGAUUACCGAUUACCGAUUACCGAUUACCGAUUAGACCGAUCCAAGUAGUCCUCUAAGCCUUUAAAAAUCGGAUAAACGCUACCAUUCUCAGUCGCUACAAUUUCUUACGUAAUUGCCUGCUGCGAUUUUUUUUAUAGGAAGAAACAUUAAAACACUAAUUAUAUCGAAGCAGAGGUACCACUGUACAUAGAGAGGAUAAUUCCACAUCCAAGACAGUCCAAGAUCCACGAUCCACGAUCCACGUAACCCACAUCCAGAGAAAUCUUAGCCUAGAGAAAUGAUCGCGUAAUACGUAAGGCAUUAUUGUACGAGAACGUAACGUAACGAAAACGAAGAAAUCUAAAAGCCAGAAAAAGAUCUAAACGCAAAUUGCAUUUUGCAGAUUAAAAAAUAACACAAAAAACAAAAAAACACAAAAAAGAAUAGUAAGAACAAAAUAAGAAUAAUGAAAAUUGUGGAUAAAAAUAUACAGAAAACUAAACCGAAAUGUGAGUGUAUUUUAUUAUGGAGGGAAUUUUUGAAAAGGUGAGUUUAUGAAUAUAAAAUUUAUUACAAAUUUAAGUGGAAAAUAAUAAUUAAUUUCUGUUCAAAUAUACUUACGGCCACAAGUAUGCCACACUUUUUAGUACUAACCUUUACGUUCUACGUAAUGUGUUUCAAAACGUUACGGAAUCUGAAAUCUUUUGAAUUACGGGACAAUUUUUAUUGCUUUCGAAGUAAAAGGCUCACAUUUAUUUGUUUAUAAUUAUAGUUAAUUUCUUCAUAAAUACACGCACAUUUAUAAUUCAUUAAAACAAUCUUCGUUAUCAGUAAUAAGUAGUUCAAAAAGCGUUUUCCUGCCAUCUCUCUCUAUAUCGAAGACUCUGUCGGCGUCCGUCUCUGUCUUUUUCCAUGUCUCUCUCUCUCUUUCUAUCUCUUUCUUGCUGUCUCUUUCUAGCCAGUUGUAUACGCAUUCCGUAAUUUAUUUAACUAAUGCCAAAAAAUACAUUUAAAUGUAAACAAAUCACCAUUUAUAUAUCGCUUUCGUUACCAUUAACUUUACUUUUCAUUAAUAUUUCGAUUUAAUUACUUUAGCUACAUUUCUUUUUUUGUAUUUUUAUUUAAUUGUAUUUAAUUUGUAUGUGGUUGCAUUAAAUAUUAAUAAUAAUAAUCAAUGUUAAUCUUCGAGUUGUAGGCGUCGAGAGAACCAAAAAAGCCGAAGCAACGCACUGGACCAAUUUCCGGCAAAUCAGCAGCCAAUUCGUGUAUAUAUAAUAUACUAUAUAAUGUACUAAUAGAUCUAGAUCCAAUCGGAUUUUCCAUAUAGACGCCCUAUCCUCUGGCUCUUGGUCUGCGAAUGGCAACUCCAUCAAGUAGGAUUCAAUUGUAAAUUCAAAAACGAUUUACUUUUUUUUUGCGAGAGUGGAAAUGUUUCAAAUAUAUAUAUUUUAUAUAUUAUAACUACAAAUAUAUAAUAACUGGACAUCCACAGGGGAGGGUUACUCGGAAGUGGGGAAUGCUCAUUUUCUAGGGAGUGCUCAAGUUUCGGAAUUCGAGUUUAAAGCUAAAAAGACAACAUUACAAGCUAUUUAAGUAUUGGCGUAGAGUGGCGAAGUCUUCCCAUCGAUUCUCAAUCUCUCUCGCAAAGUAUCUUCCACUUUGCAAUUAUUUCUCUCUGUGUACGUCUUAGGACUAAUGACUGGCGUUUUUGCUGUUCUUCUAAUACGGUAACCCCCUUGAGGUAAAAACAUCAUCCAUUCCGGGGAAUGGCCAAAAAAAAAAAAGACAAAAGGCAAAGGCAAAAAGUGUCUACUAACUAGGGGGGAGGGGGGGAGGAUUCGUGCCUAAAGUAGCAAGUCUUUCUAUGGCUAGGAAUUUGUAUCUUUUCUUCAUUGUUAUAUCAUCUAUAAGGGGGGAGGACGGGGAUCCUACGUAUCAUAAUUUAUAAAUAACUACAUUACUAGCUGGCGUCUGGCUUCCAAAUCUCUGGAUAUUCAAAAGAUUAAGUAAAGGAGUU